ACCGCCUUUGUCCAACCAGCGUUCAGUGAACACUGGGCGAAGCGCGCGAGGGCGAACGUUCAUGCCCGUCCUUCCUUCCCCUGGACAGCUAACUAGUUUUUAAUCACAAUGGCGACGUCCAGUAAAAAACGGCGACAAAGUUCCGUAAACAGCGGCUCGCAAACUUCCAACAGCGUAGCGAACAUGUUCUCCAGCAGUAAGUCGGACGGACCCGGAGUAGACGGUCGUUUUGUGGAGGGCUCCAUACUUCGCCUCACCAUGAAAAACUUCCUGACCUAUGACUACUCUGUGCUGUUUCCUGGACCCAAUCUGAACAUGAUUGUUGGAGCUAAUGGGACUGGCAAGUCUAGCAUCGUGUGUGCCAUCUGUCUGGGUCUGGCUGGCAAGACUGCUAUCCUGGGCAGAGGCGACAAGGUUGGGCUCUAUGUCAAACGCGGGUGCAAUAAAGGAUUUAUUGAGAUUGAACUGUACAAGACUGAUGGUAAUAUAGUGAUUAACAGAGAGAUCCAUGUGGAGAACAAUCAGUCGCUGUGGAUGCUGAAUGGAAGACACUGCAACCAGAAAGCAGUGGAAGAAGAAGUCAAGGCUAUGCAAAUCCAAGUCAGCAACCUCUGCCAGUUUCUGCCUCAGGAAAAAGUGGGAGAGUUUGCCAAGAUGUCCAAAAUAGAGUUGCUGGAGGCAACUGAGAAGUCAGUGGGACCACCAGAGAUGUAUGAGUACCAUUGUGAGCUCAAAAACUUUCGCAACAGAGAACGAGAACUUGAGAACAUUGUGAAGGAGAAGGCCAGUUUCCUGGAAAAGGCCAAGCAGAGGAACGAGAGGAACAAACAUGAUGUGAACCGUUACUACGAAAAGAAGAGGCAUCUGGACGUGAUUGAGCUGCUUGAGAAGAAGAAACCAUGGGUGGAGUACGAGACCACCCGUAAAGAGUUUGAGCUUGCGAAGAAAGAGCGAGACGAGGCCAAAAAGCAACUCUCUGCCCUGAAGCAGGCUCAGGCACCCAUGCUGAGGAAGAUCCAGCUGAUCGAUAACCAGCUGAAGCCAACUGAGGAACAAAUGAAGGCUAAGACUGUCGCCAUCAAAGAAGCCUCUCUUAAAUGCAAACAGAAACAAGAACAGCUGGAUCGAAAACACAAAGAGAUUGAUGAUAUUAAACAGAGGCAAAGGCUGAAGCAGAUGGAAGAAGAAGACCACCAGAAGCGAAUCAGCAACACCAGACGGACCAUCGAUGACUUGAAGGCGGAGCUUGCCAAAGUUGGGGACACACCUGAUGUGACUCCGCGGAUCAAUGCUGUCAAUGUCGAGCUGAGGAACAUCCGGGCGGAGAGAGCCAAGAUCGAAGGAGAGAAGGCCGACCUACGCAGGGAGAAAGACAACCUCCAUGCUGAGUCCAAAAUGUUGGUGAGAAAGCUGAGUGACAUGAACAACAUGAUGAAUGCCAAAGAGGAGAAGCUGCGAGGACGCCACAGGGACACACACACCGCACUCCAGUGGCUCAGAAAGAACAGACAACUCUUUGGUGGAAAUGUCCAUGAGCCCAUGAUGCUGGUGAUCAAUGUGAGAGAUCAUCGCUUUGCAAAGUUCGUGGAAAACCACAUCUCAUUCCACGAUCUGCGGGCGUUUGUCUUCCAGAAAAAAGACGACAUGGAGAGGUUCAUGACAGAGGUCCGUGACAAGAUGAACUUGAAAGUGAACUCCAUUUCUGCUCCUGAGGAAUCGUGCUCUAGGCGACAGCCAUCCCGAAAUAUUGAGUCCCUGAGGCGUUUUGGGUUCUUCACUUACCUACGCGAGAUGUUCGACGCCCCUGAUGAGGUGAUGAGUUACCUCUGUCACCAGUACAAAGUGCAUGACGUUCCUGUGGGCAAUGAACAAACUAAAGCCAUGAUUAAAACGGUGAUUGAGGAGCCCUACCUCAGGGUGUUAUACACAACAGAGGAGAGGUACACAUUGAAGAGGUCCCAUUACUCCAACAAGAUCAGCACCAGUAACUCUGCAGUGCACCCUUCCCAGUACCUCACCAUCACUGUGGAUGCUGAAGAGAAACGGCAGCUGGAGCUGCAGAUGAAGGACUGUGAGUUGAAGUUGCGAAACAUCGAUGAGCAGCUAAAGGCCCUGCAGGCAGAAGCCGCCACGCUGGAUCGCCGUGACAACGAAUUGUUGGUAGAGAAGAAGCACCUUUCUGAAGUGAAGGGCAAAAAGAGGCAACUGGAGCAGAAGAUCAGUACUAAGCAGGACAGUCUGAGGCAGAUGGAGCAGAGUGUUAUUGACCUGCAGAAGAUUGAAGAGGAAACUAAAGAGAAAAUUGCAGCUGUUAAUUCCCAGAAGGUGUCCAUAGUCACAGUGUUCGUGGCCCAAAUGAAGCUGAGAUCCAAGCUGACCAUGGAGAAGGUGUACCUGGCUUUAGAGACGGUGGGUCUGAUGGCUGAGAAGACCAAGCUGGAGAAUGACUGUAGAGAGGGCGCCUCUGAACUCAAGACCACUGAGCAAAAAUGCAGCCGUCUGGAGCAGAGGAAGGUGCAGCUGACGGAACAGUGCAAAGGCCUGUUGAGGAGAGCAAGGACUACUUGCAGGAUGAAACCUGAUGAGUCAUUACCCGAAGACCUUCGUAAUGCUUUCAGCAAGCUGCCCGACACACUGGACGAGAUCGAUGCCAUGCUGAACGAAGAGCGGUCCAGAUCUGAGUGCUUCACUGGCCUCAGUGAAAAUGUUGUUGACGAGUACAACAGGAGAGAGCAGGAGAUCAAACAUCUGGAGAAGGAGCUGGAGGACAAGACCAACGCUCUGAGCGCCUACCGACAGAACAUAUCAGAGGCUAAGGAGCGCUGGCUGAACCCGCUGAAGCAGCUGGUGGAACAGAUUAAUGACAAGUUCAGUGAUUUCUUCCGCUCCAUGCAGUGUGCAGGAGAGGUUGACCUGCACUCAGAGAAUGAGGAGGAGUACGACAAGUAUGGGAUCCGAAUUCGGGUGAAGUUCCACAGCAGCACUCAGCUCCACGAGCUGACGGCCUACCAUCAGAGCGGAGGAGAGCGCAGCGUCUCCACAAUGCUCUACCUCAUGGCCCUGCAGGAGCUCAAUCGCUGCCCCUUCAGAGUGGUGGACGAGAUCAACCAGGGAAUGGAUCCUGUAAAUGAGAGAAGAGUCUUUGACAUUGUGGUCCGUACGGCCUGCAAAGAGACAACAUCCCAGUACUUCUUCAUAACCCCCAAACUGCUGCAGAAUCUUCAGUACGCUGAGGAGAUGACUGUCCUUUGUGUCCACAACGGCAGCCAAAUGCUUCCCCCCAACCAAUGGGACGAGAAGGCUUUCAUCAGACGAUGUCUCCAAAGAAAAGCCAGGGCAUGAACCCACCAUGAAACUAAUGUUUAUAAUUAUAAAUAAUUUCUGAAGUGCUAUUUCAUUUCAGAUAGAAUUUACUAUAUGAACCUUUAAAAGAGAAUAUUUAAGUGAGUCUAUGGGAGGAUUUUUCACAAGCUAAACAUUAUGUCAGAAUAGGAUUGACAAUUAUAAAACAGAUGUACAAAAAAUUUAAAUAUGCAUUAAGCAUAUUUUUGUUUUGUCAUUUGUACAUUUUCUAUUUAGACAGCAACUUGCUUACUCUUUUGAUUAUUCAAAAUAUGUUCAACUGUUUCAUCUAAACAGUUCACAUGCAUGUUUUUAUAUUUUAAUAAAAGAUUCAGCUGUGUGUUUUUAAAUGUGCAUCUUAAAUUUAUUUAUAAUAUUUAUUUAAUAUCCGAUUCUUGGUAUGCUUUGCGUGAAUACUGAUUCAUUACGCAAUGCAGUAUGAAGUAGGUAAUUAUAUGUUUACUUACUUUUUACAUUGAAAAUAAAAAACAUUUGGUCAAACGCCACAGAAAGUUUUACAAAAAGGGCCAAUAUGUCAUUGUGCUGAAAUGUGUAUGAAAUUUGGGGCAAUCUGCACAAGAGUGAGAUCUAGAAACACUAGUAUUGUUUAUUAAAUGAAAAAUAAUGUAGAAAUAAACCUUAUUUCGUACCCUCAUGAUGUAUACUCUUGAAGAUUAAAACUCCUCAGCAAUGUGACAGAUAAGUGAGCUCAGUGUUCAUGCUUUUAUGCAAUGGUGUAGUUUUCUUCAGUGUUAAUUGAGAGUUAUGUGGUGAAACUUAUCCUGAAAUUAGGCUCUUUUGCAUUUUUGCUUUUUCUUUCAGUGUAAAGGCAUCUCUUUGAAUCAGAGUUUGUGUUCCAUGA